AUGAGCGGUUGGGGUCGUUCGUUUUGGGGUGGAAACGGGCACCGACUGUCUCCAUUUGGUUCGAGGACAUAUCCCCCAAAUGUCACGGAAGAUGAUUUCUCUUACAUCACCUCUGAGGAUUUGCAAAGACCUGGCGCAUCGUACGAUCCCCACCGUCAGCAACAACCACCAUCAAUGGCGGCGGAAGACGAUGUGCUCUUGUUAAAGAACAAGGGUGUGACAUAUCCUGUCAAAUUCCCCGCCUAUAGUAUUGGGGAUGGCAAGCUGCAAGUUCGUGAUAUAAAAGAUCGAGCCGCCGCUGUCAUGGACCUACCGAUCGGGACGAAGUUGAAAUUACUGUACAAGGGCCAGCAACUGAAAGACGACUACAGACCAUGCCGGGACUAUCAGCUGAAAAAUCAGAGCGAGAUUUUGUGUUUGGUUGGAGAUGCGCCAGAGCAAGCUGAGGAAUCAGAUGACGACAGUGGGGAUGCACAAGAAACUGGACUUUUUGGUAAAAAGAAGCGGAUUCGUAAGAGCAAGAAGACGAAAAAGAAGAAGGGAGAUACUUUAUCACCUGGCGAAGGACCUAGUUCGCAAAACUCAAGAACGCCAACACCAGCAGCCGCUGCACCUGCACCAUCAACUCCUCUGGGGAAAAUACAAGCUAUUUCUUCUCAUUUCCACACCAAAAUUCUACCGCUAUGUGUUCAGUACACUAUUUCCCCGCCAGAGGACCCAAAGAAGAGAGAUUUCGAACACAAGAAACUGUCUGAAACGAUUAUGAACGAGGUUCUGUUGAAGCUAGAUGCCGUGGAAACCGAGGGUGAUAAUGAGGCUCGUGAAAGGCGAAGAGCGCUAGUGAAAGAGACGCAAGGCGUAUUAAACGGGUUGGAUGCUAAAGCUGGCGUUGUUUAG